AAUUGCCAUGAGGUGUUUAUAUCUAGUUUCUAUUCAUACAAUUAGGCAAUAAACUUUCAUAAAAAAUGGGAAAGCUCGAGAAUGAUUCCAUGAUAAACCAUUUCAGCCACGAACACCCCUUGAAACUUCAACAAGUGCAAGCUCAGAUCGCAAGUCAAACCACAUGUCAAGCAUGUAAUCAGAGCGUUUGUGGAUCGGUUUAUUCUUGUGUCUCAUGCAAUUUCUACCUUCAUAAAACAUGUUCAAAUCUUCCUCGAACAUUAAAACACAAGAGCGAUCAACAACAUAAUCUUGCUCUUUUAUCUUCUCCCGCAUAUCCAGAAGGCGUUUUCAAAUGUAACGCAUGUGGAUCUCAAGGGAAAGGGUUCUCGUACCAUUGCCCCGAUUGUCAACUUGAUUUGCAUGUCGUUUGUGCUUCUAUGCCGCUCUUGAUAGACCAUGUCGCCCAUGAUGAUCACAAACUUAGCCUUUGUUUUAAACCACCUUACGAAAACCAAGCGUUCAGUUGUGAUAUCUGUAAGGAACCUGGCUCGAACCAGUGGCUCUACCGAUGUGGUUUAUGUGAGUUUGAUGCUCAUAUGAAGUGUGCCAAAUCUAGAACAACCACUUCUCGAUCAGUACUACCAAAGUCCACUAGUCUCCCUCACCAUUCCUCAACACCACGUCCACCACCAUCCCCAACUCCGGCACCACCACCCAUCCAAAUAUUUUACUCAUCUCCGUCGCCGGCACAGUAUCCUCAAGUACUACUGAAGUCUACAAGUCUACCUUCUUAUGACACUCACCAGUACUUCUCAUCACCACCACAACACCCAACUCCGCCGCCACAGCCACAUGCACAUAGUCAACCAUAUUACUCCCAGACGCCACAAUAUCAACAUCCUCAACCACAAGUGAGCCACUACCAAGCUACACCAACAAUGGGUGUUCCUCAGUAUGUGCAGCCUUCAAGGCAAACUGGUUUAGUCAAUAACAUGGCUGGGCAUGCCGUUGAAGGUUUAGUCGGUAGUGUGACGCAGGAAAUAAUACAGGCGGUUUUCGAAGGAAUGAGUUCGUAAAUCAAAUUAAUAUUAGAACCAUUUCUUUCUAUUUGAAUUUUAUUUGGUGAGUUUCGUUCGUGUUUGUGCAACUCGUGUAUUAAAUUUCUACCGUGUUUAAUGAAUAAUGGGUAUGGAUCCAUCUAAUCAAAUGAGAAUGUUUUCUUUCUCUAAUUUGUUUUCGCAACGUUGAAGAAGCCGGCCGAAUUCACUUGAAUGAAAGUAUUGCGGUUUUCUUGGAAGCCCCGGUGGCCUUUAGAGGUGCUCGUUAUACUUAGCAUAUAUAUCUCGGUGAAACCAAUAAUUAGUAGCCGAACACAUAUACAAUUUACUUUGUCUAUGGGAGCUUCGAAGCAUCCGAAGUAGGUUACCUUCAUUGUAAAACUAAUAAUCUUUGAUUGGAUACUAUGAUCAUUUUUCUAUAUGAAAGUCAAUUAGGAAAAUCUUUAUGUAAAAUCCUAAGGUUGCUUUUAGUCACUGAAUUCUUGUUGGUAAAUUGCAUA